AUGGCCAACAAAAUAGUUUGUGUCACCGGAGGAUCAGGUUAUCUGGGUUCAUUUCUCAUUAAGAAACUCUUGGAGAAAGGCUUUACCGUCCAUGCCACUCUCCGAAAUCUAGGUGAAGAAGUGAAGGUUAGGUUUCUGAAAUCUCUGCCAUAUGCGGAUUCGAGGCUCGUGUUGUUUCAGGCGGAUAUAUAUAAUCCAGAUGAAUUUGCUCCGGCAAUUCUAGGCUGCCACACCGUCGUACAUCUCGCCACUCCGCUCCAUCACGACCAUCGGAGCUCUCUGUACAAGAACACAACAGAAGCAGCCUUAGGUGGGGUGAAAUGCAUUGCGGAAAGCUGCAUCAAAUCAGGCACCGUGAAACGUCUGGUGUAUACAUCCUCUGUUGUAGCUGCUUCCCCAUUGAAAGAUGACGGGUCGGGUUUUAAGGACUCCAUGGAUGAGACUUGCUGGACUCCUCUGAAUCUAUCCUUUCCCUACACGGACAAUUUCAAAGAUGCAUAUGUACAUUCAAAGACCCUGUCAGAAAAAGAGGUCCUGAGGUGCAACGCCGACGGAAAACUAGAGGUGGUGAGCCUGGCUUGUGGGCUGGUUGGAGGAGAUAUUAUUCAACCGUUGCUGGGCGACAGCCUGAGAGUGAUGAUCUCCCAGUUUUGCAAAGAUAAGAUGAGAUAUGGUUGGUUGAGGUUCCUGGAGGAAUUGAUUGGAAAAGUUCCAAUUGUGCACAUUGAUGAUGUUGCUUCAGCUUUCAUAUUCUGCAUUGAAUCUGAUGAUCAGGGCUUGAUCGGCAGAUUUCUAUGUGCUUCUGAUUUCGUUAGCACGGCUGAGAUUGCAAGUAUUCUGCAGACUUCAUGUUGCCUUGAUGAUGGUGAUGCCAUUCCUGAUGAGUUCAUUGAAGAUACGCAAAGAGAAAUCAAAUGGAGUUCUUCAAAGCUGGAGGAAAGAGGAUUUCAGUACAAGUACAACGCAGAGAUGAUCCUACAAGGCAGUGUUAAGUGUUUCAAGAAAUCUCAGCAGAAUGUUCAAUAG